AGAAGAGAGGAAGAAGGAAAUAAGUGAAAUGAGUCGGCACAUAAAACUGCUCAUGGUAAUGUAUUUGUAAAAAGAUCUAGUUAAACGAAGGUUUAAUGAUUUAACUCGGUAUUUUUGGUUUAUUUAGUGUUGGUUGAAAGCACUUGGAGCUAAAGAUUUGAAAUACUAGUGAAUCUCUGAAAGUGAAAGUAAGUGAACAUUCUGAAAGCCUCAGGAGAAGUCAGAAUGGCUGCUAAUGUUUCACCGUCUGAGGUGGACUUUGCCUGCCCUGUUUGCUGUGAUAUCUUCAGGGAUCCUGUUGUGUUGUUGUGCGGUCACAGCUUCUGUAAGCACUGUCUUCAGGAGUGGUGGAGACAGAGUGCUCUCCAGAGUUGCCCGGUAUGUAAGGGGCUGUUUCCAUUGGAACAGCCUCCACUUAAUCUAGCACUGAGAAACCUGUGUGACAAUUUGAGACAAGAGAAGAGUCAGAGACCUAAAUCAGGAUCCAAGGAUCUGAUCUGCAGCCUGCACAGCGAGAAACUAAAGCUCUUCUGUCAAGAUGACCGAAAGCUCAUCUGUGUCAUAUGUAGGGAUUCACAAAAACACAAGAAACACAACUGCAUCCCCAUCAACGAGGCAGCUGAACCCUACAGGGCUCACCUCAGUCGUAAGGUGAUGAAUUUAAAAACGAAACAAGGGUCAUUAAAAGAGGAAAAGCUCAAGUGUGAUAAAAUGGCCAACCACAUCAAGCUCCAGGCUCAGCAGACGGAGAAGACGAUCAAAGAGGAGUUUCAGAAGCUUUACCAGUUCCUGCGGGCGGAGGAGACUGCUAGGAUUGAUGCAGUGAGGAUAGAGGCAGCGCUCAAAAGUGAAGCAAUGGACAUCAGGAUUGUAAAUUUGACAGCAGAGAUCUCCUCGUUAACAGACAAACUCAAAACCCUAGAGAUGGACAUCAAGGCUGAGGACAUGACAUUUAUGCUGAAUGUCAAAUCCACUAUGGAGCGAUCCCAGUUCAACCUACCAGACCCUGAGACUCCAUUAGGAGCCCUUCUUGAUGAGGCCAAACACACUGGGAACCUGUUAUUCACAGUCUGGAAGAAGAUGAAGGACAUCCUCCAACACACUCCAGUUACUCUGGACCCCAACACUGGCGGCAGCUUGCUUAUUAUAUCCGAACACAUGACUCGUUCAACAACAAUAGACAAGUGUCAGACCCUUCCUAAAAACCCAGAAAGGCUGAGCAGCUUUAACGUUCUUGGCUCUGAAGGCUUUAGCCGUGGAAAACACAGCUGGGAUGUGGAGGUAGAAGGUUAUUGGGCUGUUGGUGUGGCUGUUAAGGAUAACCUCCAUAGAAAGAUCUGGGCCAUUUACAUGUGCGCUUGCACUGGCAUCCUGCGUGAACUUACUCCAGACGAUUAUGUGAAAGUUGUAUCUGAAGAUUCAUUUCCCAAAAGAGUCAGAGUGCAGCUUGAUUGUGACCAUGGAAUAUUAGCAUUUUUUGACCUUGACAGGAAAAAACCUGUCCACACUAUCAAAUACACUUUCACAGGAACGGUCUUUCCGUAUUUUCAGGAUAAUGUAAAAAUCCUUCCAUCUGAAUGGUCAGUUGUGCAAAGACGACCCAAUUAAACAUUCUGCAUUAUUGCAGAGGUCAAACAACAGGAUGAGGCCUUAAGUAUUUGCGAAAUGAACUAACAUAGCAAACUGUUAUGGCCAAAUUAGGGAUAUUAGUUUUUAUUAGUGUCUAUUUUUUAUUAUUUUCUUUUUAAAUGUAUGUUUUAAGGUUUUAAUUUGUCAGUUUUCAAUAUAUUUGGGUAAAUCUUUGGCUGUCCCUGUAACGUUUUGACAGCUGUUUGAUGUUAGUAACCAAAAACAUGUUAACCUCACCAUUGUAAGACAUCAUGCAUGCUAUCCCUGUUUGCUCUUAGUUUACUCAGAUUUAAAGGGGCACCCGACUGACUUUACACUUGAAGUUUGGUUUACUCAUCCUGAGAAGUACUAAACAGCUUGUAAAAAAACGGAGUGUAUAUGGUAUUUGGUGGCUCUGAAAGAUCUUUGAAAGUGGCGUUUAAAAGAUAUGAGCAUUUAGGAGGAAGGGAGGCUCAAAUGAAAGAUUAUAAUGAGUUGCAUUAUGGGAAAUGUAGGAUCCAGGAUGACACAUACCAGGGUCUAAAAGUUGUUUUGUAUUAAACUAGAUCUAAACUAAAUCACUGGAAAUUUAAUAUAAUGCUUUAUUUUUUUCAAGAAUAUAUCGGUUGAUAGAGGUUAGGUUGAGUAUGAAUCUGUAGGUUUUGAAAUAAUCUUAAAAAUAUUUUGUUUCAUUUCAGGAUAAAUCCACUGUUAAGAUUGUAUCAGCUUCUUGAUGAUAUAAUUCCCAUUAUAAUACCCAGUUAAAGACCCUGUUCUUUAGCGUAGUUUUAAUCUGGUCUAUGUUCCUUUUUCCAGGAUUUUCAAUUUUGUUAAAUUUUGUUUUCAAAUCUG